UAGCGGCACCCGCACCCGGGAGGCGCCGGCCCGGCGGCGGGGCUGCCCGCGCCUCGGCUACGUCCGUCUGUCCAUCCGUCCGUCCGUCCAGCGCAGCGCCCGGCGCGCAGGAUCCCGCAGCGGGGUGCGGAGCGGCAGCGCUUGGCGAGGAUUAACCUGGCGCAGGCUCUUGAAUCUGUUCUACAAUGGAAAAACUGCUUUUGUUUCUGCUGUUCAUUGGCGUAGCGGUGCGAGCUCAGAUCUGCCCCAAGCGCUGCGUCUGUCAGAUCUUGUCUCCCAACCUCGCCACCCUGUGUGCCAAGAAAGGGCUCUUGUUUGUUCCUCCCAACAUUGACAGGAGGACCGUGGAGCUGCGGCUGGCAGACAACUUUGUUACAAACAUUAAAAGGAAAGACUUUGCCAACAUGACCAGCCUGGUGGACCUGACGCUGUCCCGGAAUACAAUCAGUUUUAUCACACCUCACGCGUUUGCCGACCUGCGCAAUUUGCGGGCUCUGCAUUUGAACAGCAACCGAUUGACUAAGAUCACUAAUGACAUGUUCAGUGGGCUCUCCAAUCUCCACCACUUGAUACUGAACAACAAUCAGCUGACUUUAAUUUCUUCCACAGCUUUUGAUGAUGUUUUAGCUCUCGAGGAAUUGGAUUUGUCUUACAACAAUCUGGAAACCAUCCCUUGGGAUGCCGUGGAGAAAAUGGUCAGUUUGCACACUCUCAGUCUUGACCACAACAUGAUUGACCAUAUUCCUAAGGGGACCUUCUCCCACCUCCACAAGAUGACCAGGCUGGACGUCACGUCCAACAAACUGCAGAAGCUGCCGCCUGACCCGCUCUUCCAGCGCGCUCAGGUGCUGGCAACCUCAGGAAUUAUCAGCCCCUCGACGUUUGCGCUGAGCUUUGGUGGGAACCCCUUGCAUUGCAACUGUGAGCUCUUGUGGCUGAGGCGCCUUUCCAGGGAGGACGACCUGGAGACCUGUGCCUCUCCUACGCUGCUGUCGGGCCGGUACUUCUGGUCGAUUCCCGAGGAGGAGUUCCUGUGCGAGCCCCCGCUCAUCACGCGGCACACCCACGAGCUGCGGGUGCUGGAGGGGCAGCGGGCAGCCCUGCGCUGCAAGGCCCGCGGCGACCCCGAGCCAGCCAUCCACUGGAUUUCACCCGAGGGCAAGCUGAUCUCCAACGCCACCAGGUCCACGGUGUACGACAAUGGGACGCUCGACAUCCUCAUCACCACGGUGAAGGACACGGGCUCCUUCACCUGCAUCGCUUCCAACCCCGCGGGGGAGGCCACGCAGACCGUGGACCUGCACAUCAUCAAACUGCCCCACCUGCUGAACAGCACAAACCACAUCCACGAGCCUGACCCGGGCUCCUCGGAUAUCUCCACAUCCACCAAGUCGGGCUCCAAUGCCAGCAGUAGCAACGGGGAUACUAAAGUCAGCCAGGAUAAGAAGGUGGUCGUCGCAGAAGCGACGUCCUCCACAGCUCUGCUGAAAUUCAAUUUUCAGAGGAAUAUACCUGGGAUACGUAUGUUUCAAAUCCAGUACAAUGGUACUUACGAUGACUCCCUUGUUUACAGAAUGAUACCUCCCACGAGCAAAACCUUUCUGGUCAACAACCUGGCUGCGGGGACAAUGUACGACCUGUGCGUCCUGGCCAUCUACGACGACGGGAUCACCUCGCUGACGGCCACCAGGGUGGUGGGCUGCACACAGUUCACCACCGAGCAGGAUUAUGUGCGCUGCCACUUCAUGCAGUCCCAGUUCCUGGGCGGGACCAUGAUUAUCAUCAUCGGUGGGAUCAUUGUGGCGUCCGUGCUCGUGUUCAUCAUCAUCCUCAUGAUCCGCUACAAGGUGUGUAACAACAACGGGCAGCAGAAGGCCACCAAGGUCAGCAACGUGUACUCGCAGACCAACGGGGCUCAGAUCCAGGGCUGCGGCGGGGCGCUGUCGCAGUCCAUGUCCAAGCAGGCUCUCGGGCACGAGGAGGGCGUCCAGUGCUGCAAGGCUGCGGGCGACGGUGCCGCGCAGUCGCCGGACACCGGCUCCGGCCAGGACUCGGCCACCACUACCUCGGCUUUGCCUCCCGCCUGGACUUCCAGCUCUCCCCUGCCGCAGAAGCAGAAGCGCAAGUCGGGGCCCAAGCCCGGCAGCGAGGCGCAGGGCGAGGCGGGCGGCGGCGCCGAGCCCCAGAACUCCAACAGGAACAACUCCACGGCCCUGACGCUGGCCGGGCGCGGCCCCGAGGCGGCCCCCACGUACAAAAGAGCACAAUCCAAGCCAAGUAAGUUCCUGACGCUGCCGGCCGAGGCGAGCCGCGCCAAGCGGCGGCGCUCGCUGGGCGGAGAGCUGCUGGAGCCCCGCGGCCCCGCCGGCCUGCGCUCCAAGCGCAGCAUGUCCAUGAACGGGAUGCUGCUCCAGGCAGACUGCGCCCAGAGCGGAACAGCAACUUUCUCCAGUUCUGAGUGGAUAUUGGAAAGCACUGUGUGACCUGCUUUUUUUUUUUUUUUUUUUUUUUUUUUUUUAAAUUUUUAUUUUAACUAAAACCACCAAACGUUGUGUGAAACUCCCUUUCCCAGGGAAUUGGAUUUGGAUGUCCACUGCUGUCUCGCUGAUUAAUGGCUUGUUCAUGGCGGGUUCUGUAUAAGCCACCCAGUGCACACGGGGGUUUAUUUAGUUUUCGUUUGGUUUUAUUUAAUAUCAAAACCGAAGGCAACAUUCAGAGAUUAAAAAAAAAAAAAGGAAAAAAGAUU